UCUAUAAUUACAGUUUCAACAGCAGGACCUCAUGAAAAACGUUUACUACAUGCUCUUUUAGAUAAUUACAACAGUUUAGAGCGACCCGUUGUUAAUGAAUCCGAUCCACUGCAAUUAAGUUUCGGUCUAACUUUAAUGCAGAUAAUUGAUGUGGAUGAAAAGAAUCAAUUGCUUAUAACAAAUAUUUGGUUGAAAUUGGAAUGGAAUGAUAUGAACUUAAGAUGGAAUGCCAGCGAUUAUGGUGGUGUUAGAGAUCUACGAAUACCACCUCAUCGUUUAUGGAAACCAGAUGUUUUGAUGUACAACAGUGCGGAUGAGGGUUUUGAUGGUACUUAUGCCACUAAUGUUGUGGUGCGUAAUAAUGGUUCUUGCCUUUAUGUGCCGCCCGGUAUUUUUAAGUCAACGUGUAAAAUCGACAUUACUUGGUUUCCCUUCGAUGAUCAGAGAUGUGAAAUGAAAUUUGGCUCUUGGACCUAUGAUGGUUUUCAGCUGGAUUUACAAUUGCAAGAUGAGGCUGGUGGUGAUAUUUCAAGUUUUAUUACCAAUGGUGAAUGGGAUCUGUUGGGUGUACCUGGUAAACGAAAUGAAAUCUACUAUAAUUGCUGCCCAGAACCUUAUAUUGACAUAACAUUCGCCAUUUUGAUACGACGUAAAACUUUGUAUUAUUUUUUCAAUUUAAUUGUGCCCUGUGUACUGAUUGCCUCAAUGGCACUGCUAGGUUUUACACUGCCACCAGAUUCUGGUGAAAAACUAUCGCUGGGAGUUACAAUUUUACUAUCACUUACUGUGUUCCUUAAUAUGGUGGCCGAAACAAUGCCGGCUACAUCAGAUGCUGUGCCACUAUUGGGAACUUAUUUCAAUUGCAUUAUGUUUAUGGUGGCUUCAUCAGUUGUGUCAACCAUACUUAUCCUCAAUUAUCAUCAUAGAAAUCCAGAUACGCAUGAAAUGAGUGAAUGGAUAAGAGUAAUAUUCCUUUAUUGGUUACCUUGCAUAUUGCGCAUGCAAAGACCUGGACAGGUUGGCUAUGAAUGCCCACCGCCUCCCUCAUCAUCGACAUCCUCGAAUAAUGGCGACAAAAAGCAACACAUACAAAAUGUUGAAUUGAAGGAAAGAUCUUCAAAGUCUUUGCUGGCCAAUGUUUUGGAUAUUGAUGACGAUUUUCGUUGUAAUCAUCGCUGUGCUAGUGCUACAUUACCGCAUCAACCCACAUAUUAUCGAACCAUGUACAGACAAGGAGAUGAUGGUAGUGUUGGCCCUGUUGGUCCUGUUGGUGAUACUAGAAUGCAUGAAGCCAUAUCACACACCUGUCUAAGUUCAUCAGCUGAAUAUGAAUUGGCUUUAAUAUUGAAAGAGUUAAGAUGGAUAACGGAUCAGUUAAAAAAAGAAGAUGAAGUUGGUGAGGUAACAAGAGAUUGGAAAUUUGCUGCCAUGGUAGUGGAUCGUUUGUGCCUUAUUGUUUUUACGUUAUUUACCAUAAUUGCCACAUUGGCUGUAUUAUUUUCAGCGCCUCAUUUUAUUUUCCCAUAACUUUAUGGACAUUGGUUUAUAUUCUAUUAUGCGAAUGUGUUACGAGAUCUUUUGCUAAAAUAUUUAAACAAAUUAAAUAAUAGACGUAGUAGUACAACAACAACAACAACAACAAUAUAUCCGCUUGACAUCAACAAGUUUUAUACUAAGUUUUGCCAUUGGAAUUUUUACAAAGAAACCAAAAGAAAAACAAUUAAUUUUUAUUUUAAGCACAUGUGCCUGGUCAACGAAAACAAAAUUAUAAAUUAUAUUAAUUAAAACAACAACAACAACAACAACAAAAAGAAGAACAACAAUGCAAUAAUUAAACGUAAUAAAAAUAAUUAAUUACAAUUUAAUUAAGCUUAGGUUAGCUAAAACAUACCGAAAACAUGAAGAAAAUACAAGCAAAUUUAUAAAUCAAAAAAAAAACUGCAAAUUAAUAAAACAAACGCGUAAUAAUUUUUAAUUUUAAAACCAGCUUCCAAAAUGAAAUAUAUAAUAAAGCUUCAAAUCAUAUCCGAAAAAAGAGAAAAAAAUAAUAUGCAAAAUUUUAAAUUUAGUUUAGCGAAGACACAAACCGGAAAUUUGUAAACAUAAAUACAUUAAAGCUGAGGAACAAUUUAAAAAAAAGCUUUUAAGUGUUACUUUCUUUAAAGUUUAGAAUAAGCUUUAAGCUAACAGUUUUGAUUAAUAUUAUAAUUAAAAAAGCUUUAAGCUUCCUUAAAAAGACAAAUCUUUGGAAUUGCUAUAAUAAAAAGCUUUUAAUUUUAGUAGAUUUAUUUUUCUUUGAAAGCGGAAGCAAAUUUUAAACAUUUCGACUACUAAUAGUAACGGUCGUUAACGGUUAUUUUUUGAAAAAGUUUGAUCAUAAAUUCUAUACAAUAAUCUCAUUUCUAAACCUACUCUUCUUAUCAUUUUACACUAUUUUAUUUAAAUUAUAUGUUAUUUUAAUUUUAAACAUAUUUUUUUCUUCAGUUUUUUGUGUCUAACCAUCUUGAAAUUUCUGAAUCUCUUACUACUACAUCUCGUUAAGUCUAUGCUUAUGUUUAGCACAGACAUUAAGCUCAGAAACUGAAGUAGUUUUUUCUUUUAUAAAGAAAAAAAUAUUUCAGACUUUGAGUAUUUUUUUGUAUUUAACUACAUAAAAACAUAUUAAAUAAAAAUUUACUAAAAACAAUUGAAAAAAGAAAUAUUAAAAAUAUAUUUUUUAUAAAAUAAAAAUUCUUUACCAUAGGUUACGAAUUUCCAACACUGAAAUCUUAACCAUCUCCUUAAAAAUUAUAUUUAUAUAAAUCAUUAAAACCUAAUGAUUUUAUGAAAUUUAAAAAUUUACUUUAUAUUGAAAUGGAAUUAAACGCAAAAUAUGGAGACAGGUAGAUGUGUAAGUGAUAAUCAAAAAAAAAAAAUAUUUACUUAAUAAUUUAAAUUUAUAUUUUAUAUGGACUUUUUUAAAAGUUUUAUCUAUGGAUUUAUUAGCAAUGGCUUGAAGGGACGUAUACAUGAAAUACCUUGAGAUAUCUGAGGUAAAAAGGCGAUCAGUUCAUUGUUCAAAUCUAACUAAUCUACUAAUUAUAAUUCCCCAUUAUCUUCCAAUUUAUGUUAUGUCCUGAAGCUAUGUUAAGUUCUCAUUGUUGUAAUGUUGAGAUACUGUUCUUAAUCUCAUAGAUAUGAUGUUUCUUAGAAAGAUCUUGAAUAGACUGUAUGCAUUUGAUGAUAGAUCCCAUUUUGGUGUAUCACAAUUCCGGGAUAAAGAGGUGCUACCAGUAUCUCUAGUCUGCCGGGACAAUAAACUGGUGAUGAUCAAAUAAAUCCUCGGACAUGGGGUCGAACCAGAGCACCAGAUAUUCUAUUACUUCAGGUAGCCUGUUGCCCGCAGGACUUUGUCCUGGCUGAUCAGUUAGUAAUGGUUCCUUCAGGAACCACGUAGUGGCUGUGGGUGAAAUAUAACUUUCAGGAUAAGUUUCUGUUACCGCUCCUAGUUUCUAGGAGUGGUACAAACCACAGGGCAAAGCAGUGGAUUAAAAAAUGUUGAAUUUGAGCUGAUAAUUCAAGGAUAGUAUCUGAUGGAUGAGAUGGAUUCUGAGUUGUAUUCGAGGUGUUGUCGGGUGGAGUGGCGGUGGAGUUGGAUGAGACCUUAAUCUUUGUGUGUUGUAGUUAACUCUAAAACAUGCUCAACUUAUCACAUUAGGUCCUUGUAGCCACUGAAAUAAGUAUUGUCAAUUAAAAAAGGAUCCGUGCUUUGUAUUACCAAUUUGUUGCCCCUAGGUGCUGUUGACGAAACAACAGAGCCAUCUCAGUAGUGUGGUUGGGCGACUUAAGAGGACAAGGAAUUCACUGGGUUGAGUCUUUAGCUGACAGACAGAGCAUUCUUCAUAUCAUCAAUAGGGUAUUUCACCUGAUGUUGGGGGAGCCGCUUCUAUUCGGCUCUAGCCAGUGAUUGUCUUUUCCUUGUCGGGGUUUUAUUGAACUUGACUCAUGAUACCUUUCAACGGGAUUACUAUGGCAAGAGAUUAGAUAGCUCGAGUACUUGUGCAAAGUGCUUGUACAUGGACCGGCAGAACUAUGUACAUAAAUUCUUACCUGCGUGUAAGAAGCACAAACGGGCGGUGGUGAGUCGUCAAAGAAGCUUAUCCUGUUGAUGAAAAAGACCACCGUGAAAUAAGGCGUCGAGUAAAGCACUUCGAUAUUCUUGUCUGUACUUGCAGCGUUUGUCCGGAUGUUCAGGGUUUACUUUGUUCACACCAGAUUUACCACACUCUUUGAGUAAGAACAAGACCUACCAAUUACAUACGUCUCUAGGUGCUGUUGCCGAGCAAAGUGAUUGUGACAUGGACCGGCAGAACUAUCUACAAAAAUUACAGUUGUGAGUCAUGUAAUAAGCUCACCCUGUAGUUGUACUAGCAUACAGUACCACCGUGAAAUAAGGCCAACACGGCAGGUGUUUACUCAAAGCGCUUCGACUUCUGCAACAAGCAUUUACUUCAUUCUUUCACAUGCCUUCAAUGGUAAACUAUAUGCAAAAGGAACUGAACAGAUUAUAAUUAGGUGCCUCUACUAAAGUAAAGGGUUCUGGUAUAAUUCGGCAAUUCUCGAUUAUAAAGAUAAUUCACAUUUGCUUAAAAGUAAGAUACUUCAGUUUUUAAUACCAUCCAAUAUACUGCUUAUAACUUCAGACACCUCCGGAAGCACUUCUUCUGUGACUCUAGAAGAUCCGUCGGCAAGAAGUUUCUCAUUGUUAACAUUUCAAAUUUCUUGAACGUCAGAUUUUACCUUCAUCUGUCACUCUAGAUGAUACCUCAGUAUUAAAUUUCUGUUUGCUUAUGCCAUUUCAGAAGAAGUCUUUCUUCUGUAACUCUAGAAUAUUUUUCAAAAAGAAGUUUCCAGUUUUUGACUUUUCAAGUUUUCCGAACUUCGAUUUUAAACGUCUUUUGUGACUCUAGAAGACUCCUCGACAAGAAGUUUCUUAUUGUUUAGAAUAUCGCUUUGUUAACCGUCUAUUCUACCGUCAAUAACCUCAGACAUCUCCGGAAGCUUUUAUUUUUUGAUUCUAGAGGAUAUAUCAGCAAGUGGUUUCUUGAAGUUCGUUUCCGUUUAAAUCCAUGCUGUUGCUGCACUUGUUUAGCCUCGUGGCCUGGUCUUUAGCUUUGGAAUAAAAUUCUGAUAUGGUGAUCUUUAUCGGCCAAUAUCUUUCUAAUUGGACUCUGGCUACCGUAUCCGCUAUAAAGCUAGUGCUGUAGAUAUCGAUAUAUGAGUAUUUUUUAGAAUGAUUCCUAGUUCCCUUCCAUCUAAUAGCUUAGAGCCGUUCGUCUAGCAACAGAUUUCUACAGAUUGCUGGUCCUUUCCGCUUGGCCGUGUUCUUCUGUCUAUGAUCAAUGUCUAGCAAUAUUAGACAAGUUCUGUCUCGGGUAUGCAAUAAUCGAUCAAGACGUCAAGUACACAUUGAUGACGAGGCAGUAGAGCCUUUGAUCGAAUUGCUUCGUAUACUCUAUAGUUGAGGGAUGGUACGUUCGAUGUCUGUGUGUAACCCUUCUAAUUCUGUUUAUAACUUUGCAGGACGUCCAGUAUACAUUGAUGAAGAGCUCUAUAACAGCCUGUGAUCCAACUGUCUCUUAUAUGUUAUGUUUAGAGGAAAACCCAACAAGACUUCCACAGUUUCGAUUGGCAUAGUGUUCAUGUCACAUCUAAACUGUGAUCCAACUGUGUCUUAUAUGUUAUGUUUAGAGGAAAACCCAAAAAGACUUCCACAAUUUCGAUUGGCAUAGUGUUCAUGUCACAUAUAAAACAAGAUUAUUUAGGCGUUAAAAUUGGUCUAAUGACGAUUUUAUCGUUCUCUUAUAUAUAUGGUGCUUCCGAUCAUUACCAUUCAGAGAAAUCUGUGCUCUUUUAACAUGUGUACAAAUUUCCUCAACUCUAGUAUAUUAUUUAGUUGUUUAUCUCAAUGCGUCAAGAUGACGAUCGAUCAUAGUUCUUCAUUACUUUAUUAUUCACUUCAACACGUUAUAUUUAUACAAUCCAGUGAGUUUCCAAGAUUCUUAGAGAGUUUGCUGUUUCUGAAAAAUAUUUGUUUUCCAUUUGAUGUUUCGAACAAAAUUUCAUAUAGAGCUGUUGAAUAGAUGUCGAAUAUUUUUGAAUAGAAUUACUUAGUAUCACUGUAAAAUUGUAAAUAGUUUGUGGUUUGUGUAUUGGCUAAACUGUAGUCUUAAAUUGAUCAUUAGCUUAAUACAAAAAUUAUUUUAUUAUUUUCUACAUGGUUUAGUAAUAUAAUUUGUUUUAAAUUUAAUUUGGAAAAUAAAAAAAUAAAAACAAAAAAAUGUUUGUUGCUGUGAUAGGAUCAAUUUGAAGAUAAAACAAAAUAGAAUAUGCAUUAAAAUCAAAUAAAUUUUGUACAAAAUUUAAAGAAUAAUAAUUAAAAGGAAUAAAAACUUGAAUACGCAACAAGUAUUAAAAAGGAAGAACAGCAACUUUAAAAUCAAGUUUAGAAAAAAUCAUAAAAAAAUUAAAUAAAUAUAACGAGUUUAAAGUAAAAUACAACAACAAAAAAUCUAUAUGAAAAAUAUUGUCUGAAAAGACUAAACAGUAUAAAGUUAACUAUUUUUUAAAAGACAAAUAUUAAAAAAAAACAACAAUAUUGAGUAUAUAAAAAAACAUA